AUGACCAAGACGCUGCCGCUGCCGCCGCGCUUCUUUAAGCGCCCGGAGCUCACGGAGCGAGAGGAACAGUAUCUCGUGGGGAAAGCCAAGGACUCGGCCAAAGCGUUAGUCGACGCCACACGCAACAAUGAAGGACCCGUGCGCUGGGAGGAGGCAGGGAUGCACCGUGGCGUGCAGAUGUACAAGGGCGAGGCCCGAUACCCAGAGGCCGUAGUAGGUGAGUCGAUCUCGUACGGCUGUGGCGCGACCACCAUCCAGUCCACACUGGACGAGGUGGCCGACUUCUUCGACCUAUCGACAGACGCAAAAGUCGCCGCGUUUGUCGAGUGUAACGCCGACGUAUUGGACGCCCAGCUACUCUACGUGAUAGAGGACCCGUCGCUGCUAAAUGACCCUAAAUACACCGUCCGAGGCCAGCGUAGUGGCUCCAGCAAGAUGCUUAACGCCAACCAGGUGACAAUCAAAUGGUUCGCCUCGGAGAUGCCGUCGAAGCUCUUAAAGAACCGCGACUUCCUCACGGUUGAGUGUCAGAGCACGUUCAUGGACGUGAGUGGCCGUCGCGGCUGGGUUCGGUCGUACCACUCGAUUAAACUGCCGUGUUGCCCCGAACUGAGUGACUACAACCUCGUACGAGGCAGUUUCUACCACACCGGCUACGUGUUCGUCGAGAGCGAACGUCCAGGCUUCCUGGACGUCAUCUUCAGCGCACAGGUCAACAUGAAAGGCAGCAUGAAGGUGCCGACGCCGCUGUUCAUGACCAUCCAGAAGAAGCGACUGUCCGGCAUCGCAGAUCUGCAGAAAAUGAUCACGCGUCGACGACUGGGCGCUCAGCGGUUCCUGGGCGACUUAGAACUCGUGCCAAAGAGCCAACGUACACGUUGCAACCUCUGUUCAGCCAAAUUUGGGCUUAUUACACGUAAAGCGCGUUGUCGUAAGUGCGGCGAAGUAGUUUGCGCGUCUGCGUGUAGUACGGAAUGGGAGGUUGCGAUCCCUGGCCAAGGCGUUAGGAAGGUGCGUGUGUGCUUCAAGUGCGCGCAGAACACAGACCCGUCCGUGUUCGAGGACUUGCCGCCUAGCGAACAGUACUCCGAGACAAACAGUGCACACGAUGACGAGCCGCCGGUAAUGAGCGUACGUGCGCCAGGCUACCAGUAUGAGCGCUACAACAGGAGCAACUCGGGGUCUCCCACGUCGCGUCGUCGCGGCCAGCCUAGUCGUGACAGCGACGAGUACGACAGCCAAGGACGUGGCCGUCGAGACCAUUCGGGUCGACGAGGGCCGUACAAUAACAGUUACGAAGAAAGUUACAGUCAAAGUGACAGUUAUCAGGAUCCGGAUCCGGAAUAUCCGCGGACGAUGGAAAUGCCAGGCGAAUACGGCAAGGUGAGUCUGGAUUCGGAUCGCUUUACGAAUGAUUCGGGCGAAUACGAUGACAAUCCUCCAUCGAGUAGAAGACGACGAGAUGAUAGGAAAUAUGAUCCGAGAAACCCGGACAUGUACGACCACCAGACGUACGGCGUCUCGCCUCCUCAGUACCGUGAUGAGGAGCAGCGACGAGCGUUGCAGCGUCAACAGCGCGCCUUGCAACAACACCAGAACAAACAACGUCUACUGCAGCGUCAACAGCAACAACAGGAAGCGUUGAUGCGACGACGUCAGGAACAAAAUAUUGAGGAGCCGGAUAACUACCGUGACGAACUCGAGUCCAUGUCUUUGAGUAGUAGUGAAUUCAGCCAGUUCAGUCAGUCAAGCGGAGCCAGUUCGGGAGCGCCAUCCUUCCUAACCUCCAGCUUAUUGGCUCAACAUACGAAACAGAUGGGCAAACCCGGACCCGUGACGAAGAACGAGCGGAAUGCCGCGCGACGGGUGGUACAGGAAGAGCGGACACGGCGUAGUAAGCCUGCGCGCGACUCCGAACCUGAACCGGAGCGUCCUCCUCCUCCGUCGCUAUCGUCUGACCGUCCGCUGACCCGACUGGAGCUACUACAGGUAGCACAAUGGGAACAGCAAGAAGCCAUGUUCAGAAACCAGGAACCGCUCGAUCUCGAAGUAGAAGCGGCUGAGAUCGUGCUGACCAAGCCUCAUCGUCGACGAACAGGUAGUUCGGAAGGCUCAGCGAAGCGCCGUGGUCCCGAACUACCGGCGUUUUUCCGUAGUCCACACAGCAGUGCACACUCACAAGGUCACGGGGCUCCGACCGGUGAGUCUUCGCUCUCUAAACUGCCUACGUUCCCUACGAACUCGGGCCAAACCGUUAGCGUCGCGGACGACGAAGACCGACUCGACUAUUCGUCCGGCCGUGACGAUUCUAUUAACGGCUUGUCUAUGAACUUCGGCUCGUUGUUACGUCCUGAAGACCUGCGUCCUACCGAAGAGAGUAUGUGUUUAAGCUUAGACUCGAGUGGCCAGGAGCACAGUACUAUGGGCGACAGUGACGCUAAUCCUGGCAAGGCCGGCGCGUCGGCCGCCAAGGACCGGGCAGACACCUCGAAGACUACCGUCGUGAAGCUGUAUCAGCGGAUUUUAGAGCUGACCAACAAGCAACACGAGCUAGAGGCUCAACCCGAAUCCGACCCGAACGAGAAGAAGGAGAUUGCUCAGGAACUCGAAGUUCUAUACGAGAAACUCCAUUCCGAGGUGGAAAUAUAA